AUGCUGGGCGGGGCAGGGCUGGCGUGGGAGAUAAUUUGGCUCUGGCUCGUGGUUGUCCUUGCUACGGACGUGGUGGGCUACUUUUUCCGCGCGGUGCAGGCGGCGUGGAUGAAGCGCCAGAUCGACCUUGCAGACCCUUUCAUUUCCAUAGUCAUGAGCGUCUUCCCCGUUCUGGGGCCACGGGUGGACUUGCUCAAGGAUUGUCUGUUUGCUGGCGCCGUGUUUCAGCUCGCGGCCUGCCAAGCGGACGGCUUAUGGAGACGCACCGUAGGCUUCUGCCUUGGGAACGCCGCGCUCCUGACAAUCUUCCUGCCGGCACCGGCCUUGCAUGGCCCUUACCUUGAUGCGUGGUGCAGAUGUAGAGCCAGAAAUGCCGAAAGGUGCUUGUCCAGAAAGCUGGACGCAGAAUGA